ACGAGCGUGCAGUACCGACUGACCGACAGACCCAAAGAAAAACAAGUUUUACAUGAGUACAAAUUGUUAAUUUAUAUCUGUCCUUAUCGAAACUGUAAUAACUAAGCGAAUUUUGUGUUCAAGAAAAUGUCUUUCGACUUAAAAAACGAGGCAGAUGUCAAGGAAUAUCUCGAAAAGCUUGGUAUUGAGUAUCGGUUUGGAUGUUAUUCAGAGAAAAAACCAGACGUUUGUCAUCUACUGGGGGAUUAUCUAGAAGGCAUAAAAAAAGAUUUUGAAAAAGCCGCUAAAGUGUACCGGUCGAAUUGUGACGACUAUGGGUACGCCAAGAGCUGCCUUAAGUACGGUAACUAUAGUUUCCUUGGCAAGGGACGAGCCUCAGAAAAGGGUGAUCCGGUAAAAGCCUACACGUACUAUGAGAAAGGUUGUGAGCUAAACGAUCCCGAUGCUUGUCUUCAUUCUGGUUUGCUGCUCGUUUCCAAAUCGAUUCCAAAAGAUAUGAAACGAAAUGUACCGAAAGCAUUCGAAUUUCUCAAAAAGAGCUGUGAAAUGAACAACGGCAAUGCCUGUUUUUAUCUUUCCGGUAUGCACAUUUCAGGAAUUCUGAAAGACGAAUUUAACACCGCCAAGGUCAAAGAGGAAUUAGACCAAAAGAACAAAGCUUUCCCGAAAAGCCCACCAUCAUUACCGCCAGCAGCCUAUGUAGUUGAGCGAGACAUGCAAAAAGCAUUCGAAUUCGCUUACAAAGCAUGCGAAUUACGAAAUAUGUAUGCAUGUGCUAACCUUAGUCAAAUGUACGCCAAAGGAGACGGUAUAGCAAAGGACGAGAAAAAAGCCGAAAAAUAUAAACAGCUAGCGAUGGAAAUGCAGGAUGAGGUAAAGAAGCAACAGCAGCUGAAUUUCCAACAAGGAUUAAAUCCAUCCUAGAUAAGACAUUCCACUAAAGUCGGAAAUAACUGUAUUUUUUUUACAAAUGUAUGAUGGUGAGUAUAGGACAAGGAUUGAGUUCGGUAAAUGAUUAUUCAUCAGUUCUGUAAUUAAUUUAGUCUUGCAUAGAUUUUUUUAAAUUUUUAUUCAAUUUUGUUAUCUGCUGGUUAAAAUUUUUCUUUGGAUAACUGCGAAAAUCAUGUUGAAUAAAAAUGCUUAGAAAUGUGAGACGUUGAAA